AAGUUGGGGAAGGUUUAGUUAACGUGAGGGUGGUAGCCUAACCCUCACCUUAACUUACCCACCCUCACCUUAUCCUUACCGGUAACGAGAAAACGUUAGGCGGUAUUUCAAGGUGCUGUGCGUACAUUCAAGCAAUUUGGUCGACGGGGAAGGCAGCCGAUUUGGCCAAUCUAAGAGUCCAAUUAUUGCUCCACAGCAUGUCUCAUCGAAAAGCCCAUACGUGGCUUUUAGAGUCUCGUGACCUGCUUCUGGAAGCAUGUCGUUCAGUUGCUUGAAUAAAGUUUUGCAUCACCGCCGACGACAUGGAAGUGAAGCGAACACCAGUUUCGUUCUCGUCUCUUCCGGCCGAAUUGGCAGAGCAGAUUGUCACUUCCUUGGAAGCUCGUGAGGACUGGGUUUCUGCUAGUCAGGUCUGCCGAUUCUGGUACCGAGUGUUAGUACCAAAGAUAUGGCGAUGCAUAGCCCCGACUCAGUCGGACACAAUACGACAAAUCGUCAUCAAUGUGGCCCAACGCGGAUUCGUCCUGUCACCGUUAAUGAACUUUAGUUCUCUGUUUCACCUAAUUCGCGAGAUCGACUUGUCCCGAAUGACAAUAUAUAAUGCAGAGCCGAAACUAAACUUCGAAAAGCUCAUCAUGCACUGCCGAGAGCUAGAGUCACUAAACCUGACCAAUUGCCUGUGGGUUACGGAUACGAUCGUAAUGCAGCUGAUAAACUGCACGAAACUGAAGCGGCUGAAUCUACACGGUUGUGGGCAGGUAACUGGAGACCCGAUGGGACUCCUUUUGGAAAAUCUUGAUCAUCUGGAAGAGCUUUCACUGGCACAUUGUACCAUGAUGCGUAGUUUACACCCUGCGUUCGUUGUUUGUCGGGCGCCAUUACGAGUCCUUAAUCUCGGCGGUAUUUUUGAGCUUUCAGACAUGAAUGACGUUUUAGCGGCAAUCUUUGAUAAGUGUCAUGCCACGCUAGAGAGUCUGGUUAUUGACUGGAACAACACGCUGAAUGAGAAUCCAUUUCGGCGUUUGAACACACUACCGACGAUGAACCUCCGGGAGCUCAGCCUAAUUCGCUGUCCUCGACUCAGUGGUGGUGCGCUUGCGCGUCUCGCGCCGCACAGCAGUAAUUUGCUUAAGCUCUCCCUCAACGGAAGCUCCGGUCUGACGGGGGCCAACAUUGCAGGCUUUGUCCAAAGUACCCCUCACCUGACAUCUCUUGACAUAAGCUUUAUCGAAGACAUUACAGACGACGAGCUAGAGGACAUUGCUACCGCAUGUCCAAACCUCAAAGAAGUUAAAAUGCUCGGAAUCGGGACGGGUAUCACGGAUUGGACCCUCCUGAGUCUUAGCGCCCAUACGACUGGCCUUCGCAAGCUCUACAUGAGUAUGAACAUGAACAUUACGCCGCAGGCUGUGUACAGUCUCGUGGUUGCUUGUCCUAACAUAACGGUUCUGUCAUUUCUGGGAUGUGGGCAAAUCAUGGGUAGUCGCAUUCAGCAGCUAGCUUUAGAAUUAGAUCCUACCCUUUCACCAGAGAAUGUUCAUUUUGAAAUGACAGAGUCUGUAAAUUGGAGGACACGCAUGAUUGAAACCCUGGCGGCGGGAUGAGGUAUACCGAUAUCGGUAGUGUAAUUAGGUUGUUAUAGACUGUGCAUACUUGCAUAUUUCGAGAUUCCCAAAUUAUAUUAACUAGUCGCAGUAUUACGAAUCCUGUAUGAAC